ACCAAUGAUUGGUAUCCAUUCAUUCCAAGCAUGCGCAUCAAUUAGUACUCCACAUCCAAAAUGGCGGAAAAUGGCUGACGGUUAGCUCACGUUCUCUUUUGUUGGUUCAUUUAUGAGCUUGAGUUUGCCACUACUGAAGAUGAGAGCUCCGAUGAAAGGUCUCCUAAGUUUGCAAAAUUAGACCCCCAGUACUUCAACAAAUUUGAAUGUGAUGGAGCCUUUCGGUCAGUCACAAACACUAAAGAUGCGAAGGACUUAGCAGAACAUAUACGUAAUGUUCUAAAGAAACUCAGUGAGGAGGAGGCUAUUGGCGUCGCAACAGGCCCAUCUUCUCAAUCUGACCAAACAGCUUCAAACUCUAGGAAAAGGUCACUGUCACCUAUUUUCACCAAGAAGCAAAACCAAAAAAAGAAGAAAUCCACUGGUACAACUCAACCAUCUUCAAGUGAAUAUGUUAAAAACAUUGACACUAGGUGUCACGAGGCCAGAAUAGAUGGAACUCACUUCAUUCCCAUUGGAAACAUUGACAUUCCACCAAAGGAAAGGCAAAUAAGGAGAGUGGAUAACAUGUUUCUUAAGCAAUUAGAAAAAAGUACCAAAGAGCAACCGUCGGGGAGCUAUGAGCCAUUGUUUGUUGUGGUGAAAAACUGUGAGAAAAAAGACGAUUUUGAUCUGUCCAAAAUAAGUGAAUACAGAUAUGAAGUUCUUGGUGGGACUCAUCUCACAAUAGCUACGAAGACACUGCAUGAACAAUUCCCAGAUAACAAGAACUACUUUGGGAGACUGGCCAGAAUAUAUGUGGGUCUGAAAAAUGAAGAUGCAAGGUGGCUAGGUGCAAUGCACAAUAAUACAGGAUCUCUUAGACAUAGUCUUACAUACAUAGAUGAGUUGGAAAUUUGCCGCACACAGCUCAGUCAAUCAUCUGAGAGUAAUGAAAAUUGGCGAGAUAUGUGCUCAAGUCUACUUAACAAGCCAAAAAGAAACAUCAGUGAAAUCUUCACAAUGGCACAAAUUUGUGAGGAAGCCUGGAGCCACCUCAUAGAGAUAAACACUAUGUAUGAAAAUGGAGAACUAAAAGAUCAAAAAGUCAAAUCUGUUGAGGUAAUUCAAGGAAAGCCAGUACUGAAGCAAUGGCAGUUCAAAGAAUUGUGCAGUCUAUGUAAAGAGGACAGGACUUUGCUAUUGAAAAAGGUUGCAAAACUGGACAUGAGUCUUGAAGAGAUGAAAGUGGCCAGUAAGGAGAUUAAGCAAGUCAAACCCAUACAAGUCUCCAUUGUUGACUUUUUUAAAUUUGCCAGCUGGGCGGAAGCUACCAAAGAAUUUGGGGAGGCAGUUUCUGUAAACAAACUGCUUAGACAUGCUGGGAAAGACUUUGAACAAUCCCAUGAUUUUCAGACUUUUUUAAAAAAUCUGAAACGGCUCAAGAAUUCAGUGACUCAAGAGCAAACACCGGCAGAGCUUAUAGAUGGUCAACUUGGUUCAUCAGGGCUAGCCGUCUAUGGAGAAAUCAGUGAAUUUCACAAUGAGACAGCAUUACAACUGCCUCAUUUUGAAGGUUCCUUUCUUGGUGUUGGGGACACCCGAGGAAAUAAAGAGAUUGCUCAAGAUAUUGUGAAAUUGAUUUGUGGUGUAAACUACACCAAAGCAACUUCAUACAAUAUAGUUCUAUUUACUGAAGUGGAGGAUAUUGCUCACGUCAAAGAAGUGAUGGAGAAAAAAAAGGCCUUCCAGACACAAGUAGGACAUUUUUAUGUCAAAAGAAGGAAUGCAAGAAGAUCAUUAUUCAAUAACGCCCUAGUAACCUUUGUAGUUGGCCACUGGUCAGUGUCAAGUCAACUUACCAGUAGACACAUCUCCGACGUUAAUGAUAAUGUCAUUGAGGUCUCUUCAACAGAUGGAGAAGAAAUUCCACAUGAAGCUUUGUUGUGGCUGGUGCAGCAUCUCUCCAGAGAGGGAGAUGUUGUUACUGAAGUUAGUAGAACAGGCAACACAUUUGUCUCAGCACUUAACUCUGGGAGAAGUGCCCUACUAAUUGCCCCGACAGAAGAGAAGGACUUUAUCUCAGAGAACAUUUUGAAUUUGUUGAAAAAGGUUGACAAAGAGCAAGAACAAGUCCAAUAAUCUAUAUUAGUCAUUAGUUAUUCCAAAAGUCUAUAACACAGAUUUAAUUGUUUACAUUAAGAAAUUUUUCAACAUACAACCUUGCUUGUUGCAGGAUUCCUGCGACAUAGAACUUUGCUUGUUGCAGGAUUCCUGCGACAGAGAACCUUGCUUGUUUCAGGAUUCCUGCAACAGAGAACCUUGCUUGUUGCAGGAUUCCUGCGACAUGCAAUCUUGCUUGCUGCAGGAUUCCUGCGACAUAGAACUUUGCUUGUUGCAGGAUUCCUGCGACAUAGAACCUUGCUUGUUACUGUUUGUUCUAUCUUUGAAAAGAUGUUAUCAGAAAGUUGAAAAAGAAAUGAAAUUUAAUUAGUGCGGCAAAAUAUUCUUUAUUCGAGGUAACUUUCAAUUUGACAGUCAAUUUAGUAUCAUAUGUUAAAUGAAAAAGAGGUCUUAGUUGUAUAGUGUAAAAAUUGAUUAGAAAUAGAUCUGCAAAUUAAGGUUUUUGUAAAGAAUGUAUGAUUUGCAAAGAGUUAAAACAACUCGCAGGUAAAACUAAUCAAUUUAGAGACAACUUUUGUUCCUGUUUUUUAACCUCAGUUAAAAUCACAUUCAAAUUAGUAUAUUAAAAUAUCUUCCUACUUUAUUCAA